UUGUAGAUAUGUUUCUAAACACUUCUACAUUAACCUCUUCAGUCUACCCUCUACUUUUUCGAACAUUCUGUUAAAAAUCGCGCAACAUUUCAGCGCCCUGCUACUCAUGCCAGGAAUAUAGUAUAUGCAUAUGGUUAGUAUGUGUGGAUAGAAAACACUCAGACGUUUAUAAAACUGGUUAAAUCACGGCUGUGGCUUUAACAUAACGUGCGUUUCAUUGAAAAGUGCAGGAAAAUCUGAUCACUGAAAGUGGAAAAAUAUAUCCAUCUGCCGCAUCAACCCAAUGUUAUGGGCGAAAGACAUUAAAUAUGGCUGAGGUUGCAGUACCUACAGCUUCCACAUGAUGUCAACAGUCUUGUCAUUUGCCUAGGAUUUGUUUCUUGGUCAAACAAACAAGAGACAGCCCAUUUCUUCCGGUCUCCGACCGGAUAUUUUGGUUGAGAAAUAGACGGGCAGUAUUUCAAGAUGGAUCCCUAUAGAAAACACUUUGUCUCGUGAUUAAUUUGAUCGCUUAUUAACGUUUACUAAUACCUAAUGUUGCAUUACAGAAGUAUUUCGAAGUGUUUUGUGAAAGUUUAUCGUCGACUUUUUGAAUUUAAAAAAAUGACGUUACGUUAUGAAACGCUAUUUCUUUUCAUUUAUCACACAGUCUACAUAGAACGAUAUCUAGGCUAUAUAUGGACCGAUUUAAUCGAAAAAAAAGACCCAAUAGUGAUUAUGGGACAUCUAGGAGUGCCAACAAAGAAGAUGGUCAAAGGUUCUACUGGGAUUUCACCAUGUUGAUGUUCAUGGUGGGCAACCUCAUCAUCAUCCCAGUGGGGAUCACCUUCUUCAAGGACGAGACCACCGCGCCCUGGAUCAUCUUCAACGUGGUCUCUGAUACCUUCUUCCUCAUGGACCUGGUCCUCAACUUCCGCACAGGCAUCGUUUUAGAGGACAACACUGAGAUCAUCCUGGACCCCAAGAAGAUCAAGAGGACGUACCUGAAGACCUGGUUUGUGGUGGACUUUAUCUCCUCCAUCCCUGUUGAUUAUAUCUUCUUGAUCGUGGAGAAGGGGAUCGACUCUGAGGUGUAUAAAACAGCCAGAGCCCUGAGGAUCGUGCGCUUUACCAAGAUCCUCAGUCUGCUGAGGCUGCUCAGGCUGUCCAGGCUAAUUCGCUAUGUCCACCAAUGGGAAGAGAUCUUCCAUAUGACCUAUGACCUGGCCAGUGCAGUGAUGCGUAUCUUCAACCUGAUUGGUAUGAUGUUGCUGCUGUGUCACUGGGAUGGCUGUUUGCAGUUCCUGGUUCCCAUGCUGCAGGAUUUCCCCCAGGACUGCUGGGUCUCCCUUAACAAGAUGGUGAAUGACUCGUGGAGCGAGCUGUACUCCUUUGCCCUGUUCAAAGCCAUGAGUCACAUGCUGUGUAUCGGUUAUGGGCGCCAAGCCCCAGAGAGCAUGUCUGAUAUCUGGUUGACCAUGCUCAGUAUGAUCGUGGGAGCCACCUGCUACGCCAUGUUCAUCGGCCACGCCACCGCCCUUAUCCAGUCCCUGGACUCAUCCCGGCGCCAGUACCAGGAGAAGUACAAACAAGUGGAGCAGUACAUGUCUUUCCACAAACUGCCAGCUGACUUCCGACAGAAAAUCCAUGACUACUACGAGCACAGAUACCAGGGCAAGAUGUUUGAUGAGGAGAGCAUCCUGGAGGAGCUUAAUGAACCACUGCGGGAGGAAAUUGUCAACUUCAACUGCCGUAAGCUGGUGGCGUCCAUGCCCCUGUUUGCCAACACCGACCCCAACUUUGUGACGGCUAUGUUGACUAAGCUCCGCUUUGAGGUCUUCCAGCCUGGAGAUUACAUCAUCAGGGAGGGCACCAUCGGCAAGAAGAUGUACUUCACCCAACAUGGUGUGACCAGUGUCCUGACCAAAGGAACCAUGGGCAUGAAGCUCUCAGAUGGAUCCUAUUUUGGAGAGAUCUGUCUGUUGACCCGAGGCAGACGGACGGCCAGUGUGCGAGCGGACACGUACUGCCGUCUCUACUCCCUGUCUGUGGAUAACUUUAAUGAGGUGCUGGAGGAGUAUCCCAUGAUGAGACGAGCCUUCGAGACUGUGGCCAUCGACCGACUGGACCGGAUAGGGAAGACGAACUCGAUCCUAAUGCACAAGGUUCAGCAUGACCUCAAUUCGGGCGUCUUCAACAACCGGGAGAACGAGAUGAUCCAGGAGAUUGUGAAAUAUGACCGUGAGAUGGUGCAGCAGGUGGACCUGAAUAGGCCACGUGCCAUGUCCAUGUCCAACCCACCCACACAUGGCGGCAUCUUCACCCCCCCUGGCCCUCCCCAGAGCUCAGCCAUCGCCACUCUCCAGCAGGCUGUGGCCAUGAGCUUCUGUCCCCCCAUGGUAGGCCCUCUGGCAGGGGGUGGGGGCCUGCAGUCCCCUCGGAUGGUGCGGAGGUUCAAGGUGAUGCAGAGUGUAUCCAGCCCAGUGCCAGCCUCCCCUCCCCCCCAGACCCAGCAGACCAUGCAUCCCCAGCUAUACGCCAGUGGUGCAUUCGUCGCGGCACUCUCCAGCCCCCCCAUCCAGAGCCCCUUAGCGGCUGGGGGACGGACAUUCCAGUACGGGCCCUCUUCUGGCUCCCAGGUCUCCCUGGUUCAGCAAGUUGUGCCCAGCCCCACACACAGGCCCAACAUCCAUAACAGCACCCGGUCUCUGCACAUGGGCAGUCUGGGUCAGAAUGCCAGGGCACUGUCCGCCUCUCAGCCCUCCCUGCCCCAGGCUCAGCCCGUGGCUCCCUGCCCAUCACAGUCCGCCCGUGUCUCCUCCACCUCCAUCGGGCCCCCUCAGGCCUCCUCGGGCAAUGCAGGGGUCAGGAGCGCUAUGACUCAUAGGAUGGUGCUUCCUCACCAGAUGUCUGCGGGGGCGUUCCCUCUAGCCUCCCUCCCGGGGACUGUUACAUCGCUGGGGAUGGGCAUGGGGAUGGGCAUGGGCAUGGGAGUGGGCAUGGGGGCAGGCUUGGCACCAGCCCUGCUGGACUCAGGAUUACCCAAGAGUGAUUUUAUAGCCAGCCUCCCUGAGACUGACCGUGCCAGAUCGAGGCUCUCUUCCAAUUUGUGACCUUUAUUAGAUUCCUGCAGAGCCAGUGCUUUUUGGUUGUGGGAACUCUAGUCGUUUCUUCCUUCUACCCUAUAAUUCUCCCUAAAUCUGACUUAAAAUGUAUGCUGUGUGACUGGUGAUAACAGGGAGAGAGAGAAAAGAGCUGAUGGAAAAUGUAUGACUAACCAUAUGAAGUCUGUAUACAGAGUUAUUGUCAAAGUUGGGAUGUUUCUACUCCAUCCACAGACAGAUACUGACCAUACGUAAUGGUAGCACCUUGUCCCCACAUCUCUUCUCCUUUAUUUUCUGUGUUCACUGUAACCAUAUUCAACAUACAUAACAUCUGUCACCCACUAUCUAUAUACUCCCAACAAUAAAAACUGGCUGGGACAAGAAGAAAAUCUGUGACCUGCUUCAGAUGACAACGAUGACAUCCACACUUUGCAGAAGUGUUCUGAGAUUUCCUCUUUUGUCUGUGGACCGGCUUUAGCACAAGUUCUACUCAUGCCACCGUAAUAUUGUUUCAGAAAACAAGAAAAGGCUAAAUGUUAUUUUUUUUCCACACCACAUCUUAAAUGAAUGCAUUCAAAGGCUAUAAAGGGAAUUGUUUGACAUUUGUAUUUUUAAUCAAGACUUGUACAAACACUAUAUGGCCUGGGAUUAGUAAUAUAUCACUGAAGAAAAGAAAACUAUGAUUGUAACAUUUGAAGCCAUGCCCUUCGUCCAUAAGUGUGUGUAUGGGUAUAAGUAUGACUGAGUUUCUUCAUAGGGAAUUCAUAUAAUAUAUAACUCAUCCCCCCUCUCUCAAAUGGUCUUUGCAGAAGAUGGUGGAGGUAUGUUUAAUUUUUUUGCUAUGGGAUCUACCAUAUCAUACAUGACAUUCCAUUCUGACUUUGCCUUUUCAAAACACUACAGCUUGGGAUCAAGUGAUACAUGCAUAUGCAUGUUGAUAUGGGUUAUGAGUCACAUGAAUAUCAACAUACUGUAAAUCAACAUACUGUAUUUCAAUAAACCCUGAUGUAAUUUCAUAUCAGGUUAUUUGCAUAGUUAAGUUUAGAAUAGGCAGUUCAUAGUUUUGCUUUCUUUGAAAUAUAUCCAAGAUAAUAGUCUGGCUGAAGUUAUGAAUGCACUUUGCAAUGUAAUUGACGAUGCUAAUAUCCAGACAGAGCAUGUCCAGACAGAGACUGAUGCCUCGAGGUUAGAUUGCAUAAAUAAUUCCUUUUAAUGAAUACAUUAAACAUUUCAUUGAUAAAUUUAA